GGUCGGUCGGUGUGACACGGAGUGAGUUAUCGGUCAGCAUGAGGAGCGCGAGGACGCUGCGGCAGCUCGCGACUGUCCCCACGCGGAGUCUUCAUCAUGUCCAUCAGCAUCAUCAUCAUCAUCAUCACCUGCAUCAGGGGCGGUCAGCCGGGAUCAUAGGAGCUCCUUUCUCCGGGGGACAGCCUCGCGGGGGAGUGGAGAGAGGACCGGACCUGAUCAGAGCUGCGGGUCUCCUGCAGAAACUGCAAGAGCAAGGCUGUGCAGUGAAGGAUUAUGGGAAUGUGGUGUUUGAGGACGUGUUGGAUGACGAGCCGGUCAGUGGGGUGAAAUGCGUGCGGACGGUGGGCAGCGCCAACCAGAGGCUGUCUGAGGCAGUGCAGGCCGUGAAGAGGGACGGACUCACCUCAGUGAUGCUGGGAGGAGACCACAGUCUGGCCAUUGGCUCCAUUCAUGGUCACUCGGCGGCGGUGGGAGAUCUGAGCGUCGUCUGGGUCGAUGCCCACGCUGACAUAAACACGCCCCUGAGCUCGUACACGGGAAACAUCCACGGGCAGCCGAUGUCCUACCUCCUCCACGAGCUGCAGUCGAAGAUUCCCGUCCUGCCCAACUUCUCGUGGAUCAAACCGUGUGUUUCGGCCAAAGAUCUGGUCUACAUCGGUCUGAGAGACGUGGAUCCAGCAGAGCAUUACAUCCUGAAGCUUCUGGGUGUGAAGGUGUUCUCCAUGUCGGAGGUGGAUCAGCUCGGUGUCGCUAGAGUCAUGGAGGAGACCUGCGACUACCUGUCUGCCAGCGUGAAGAAACCGAUCCACCUGAGCUACGACAUCGAUGCCAUCGACCCCUCGGUUGCCCCGGCAACGGGGACACCUGUAGUGGGAGGGCUGACCUACAGAGAGGGAGUCUACAUCGCUGAACACCUCAGUCAGACAGGUUUGCUGUCGGCGGUGGACUUGGUGGAGGUGAAUCCUCUGAGGGGUCAGACUGAAGAGGACGUCCGGUCCACCGUCAGCACGGCGGUGGAUCUGCUGCUCGCAUGCUUCGGACACCUCCGCGGUGGAAACCACCCGCCGGAUUACCACCUGCCCGAGCCUUGACGAGGGACGACGCCGGCCUCUCCGACUGAAGUGAUGGACACCUGCCUCUGAUCACCUGUGAGAACUAACGGGACAAUCAGAGAUGAAUAAACUCAGUGGAGUACACUCUCUGCAGUGCUUUAAACCAAAGAAACAAAGAUGUUCCUGGGCAGAGGUCAACUUUAAAAACAAAUCAUGUUGUUCAUUGAUUAAUCCAAUGUAUCAAUUAUCCUUUUGAUUCAUUAUUUCGUCUGUAAACUGUCACAAGAGAGUAAACAUUUUCAUAUUCUGUUGAUAUGAAGCAUGAAAUGUUUGUUAAAUAAAUAACAAGUAAUUGAUUGUCAAUAUUCAGUUUAUAGGCUGAUAGAUUAACUAAAUUUGAUUCAACUGCCUCAAGUAUAAAUUCAUCAAAAUAAAUUUAAAACAAUGUUUUAUAUCGUGAAAAUGUAAUUAAACACAUUU